GGGGGGGGGGGGGGCGGCUAACAAUAGUUGGCUUUUGUGAGACGGUGCGGGUCGGCUAGGCUUGACCGCUCACAGUAAAAGCGCUGCGCGCGCAAGGCCCGCCACACUGUAUCGGAUGCCCAUCGAUGCACACAAAGACUCGUCUUGGACCAUUCGUCACUCAACAAUUCGUGAAUUUUUCGGAAAGAUUUAGCACCUAGUCGCCAGGGCUAGAAGGUAUUAACGGUGUCCCAGGCCCAUAAUUGCCUGUGGACGCGCAGCCACCCAAAACGCUGCCAGUUGCGACAACGGCAUCAGUCGUCUGGCUGCUAUUCAUCAGUCCUUUGGUUCACGUCUCGCGCUGCCUCUGCCUGCGCACCGCCGCUGUUCUCUUUAGUAUACGCGCGUACCAAAAUGACAUAGUCUCAAGAGUCCCGACUAUGAAGACCUGCGUUUCCUCUCUCUCCAGGGCGUUGGCGUUUAAACGGAAGAUGUCGAAAAAUACCGGCUGGGGUGGUACUAACCUGUUCACUUGGACGACAUGUACGACGGCGGACAGUAAAAGAUUUUGCACAGACUCGGUGCUGGCGGGUUCUCCACGGUUUGGCUUACGCGAGACGGACAUGAGAAGAAGACCAAAUGGUCACCAUCUAUGUCUAGUUCUACCCGUUCUUGGCCCGUCCGCGUCUGACCUAUGUUAUGGGUUCACUAUUCGACUUAGACCUUGGCUCACCCGGAAGGCUGGCCAUGAAGCCACGAAAGCCGUCGCUGAUCUCCACUCCCAAGGCCUGUGCCAUGGAGACGUGACAACUAGCAACAUUUUCUUUGGCUUGUCGGGUUUCGACAGUUUGGAUGAAGCCGACAUCUACAACUUGUUCGAGCCGCCUGUGACGGGAGAGCUUGAGACCGAGGCCGGCGAUAUACCUGGCCCAGAAGCGCCGCGAAAUUCUAUUACCGACCAGAUCAAACUCGUCGACUUCGACCAGUGUUUCCUGGCUUCUUCGCCGCCCCAGAAAAUGCUGGGCACGCCACUUGAGUUUCUGGCACCCGAGUUUGCAGCUGGCUUACCGGCUAGUCCAGCAAGCGAUCUAAUGAAGUAUAUCGUUCAGACCCUGGGGGACAUGCCCCAAGACUGGGAGGAAAUCCUUUGGGACGACGAUGGACAGCCGACAAAGGAUUCUAGUAAAGGAGAGUCGCUUGAGAAGUUGGAGGGCAAGCGACCUCUGAAGAAUCUGGUUUAUCAGAUAUGGGAUGAGCCCGAUGGCCGUGUCGUCCAGACUGGCACGCCUAGGGGGAAGAACGGGGACUGCGACAAGUACGAGGAGGAAAGAAGGAAACCGUUUCCCCCUUGUUUCUCGGACAUGGUGUGGAAGCCUACGGCUGUGCAGGUGAAUAAUGUCUACCUAAAGGGCUUUAAUAGGGAAUGGAAGCCGUUGUUGGAGGCAAUGCCCAAGAUCCCAGAGCAUGAAGCCGACCUGCUCUUCGACCUCUUGUCAAAGAUCUUUGUCUACGAUCCGGAAAAACGGCCCACUGCACAGGAGGUGCUCAGUCACCCGUGGUUCCAUAUUGACGGGCGUUGA